UGCAAAGAAUUCUGGGAUGUCUCACAGUGACAUGGAUGGAAGGACCCACAUUCCAUCUCUACUUAAUGUCCUUUUGUCCAGAAAUCGAGUCAUGCAAAUGAGCUACUUGAAAAGUAAAGAAAAAGGAUAUGGAAAACUAAGCAGCGAUGAAGACCUCGAGAUAAUUGUUGAUCAAAAGCAGGUAGUAGGUGUAACCUUGAAGAAAAAGUGGCACUGUCUUCAAAAAAGUGACCUGACCCUGGCUUUGGGAAAAGGCUCUAGGGCGGCAGAUAAGGCUGUUGCCAUGGUGAUGAAGGAGAUACCGAGGGAGGAGUCUGCUGAAGAAAAGCCCCUCCUUACUAUGACAUCACAGCUGGUGAAUGAACAGCAAGAAAGCAGACCCCUCCUGAGUCCCUCCAUCGAUGACUUUCUCUGUGAAACCAAAUCGGAGGCAAUAGCAAGGCCAGUAACGUCCAACACAGCUGUGUUGACCACAGGCUUAGACCUCCUCGACCUGAGUGAACCCGUCUCACAAACCCAAACCAAAGCCAAGAAGCUGGAGGCCUCAUCGAAAACCGCAUCCCUCAAGAAGAAGGCUGAUGGAGCUGAUCUCAUAGGUGCGGAGGCUGAACAGAGGGGCCCGCAGCCUCUUCGAGGCCCGGAGACGGCAUCCUUAGAUUUAGACAUUCAAACACAACUGGAAAAAUGGGACGAUGUUAAGUUUCAUGGAGAUCGCAGUAGCAAGGGUCAUCCAAUGGCAGAGAGAAAAUCAUGCUCUUCUAGAACUGGAUCGAAAGAACUCUUAUGGUCCUCCGAGCACAGAUCCCAGCCUGAACUGAGUGCUGGGAAAAGCGCCCUGAACGCCGAGUCAGCUUCAGAGCUGGAAUUAGUGACUCCAACACAG